AUGAUCACCAUUGGCAAUCUCAAACCAACAGUAAGAGAAGCCUUAAAUGGACCAGAUCAAACUCACUGGCACAAGGCUAUCUGCACUGAGAUGGAAGGAUUAGAAAGCAUGAACAUAUGGAAAGUAGUUGACAUGCCAACAAAUGCACACUUGGUGGAUUUGAAACUGGUUCUCAAUGUCAAGAUGGAUGCCAAUGGAGUUCCCUACAAGUUCAAGGCCCAAUCCUGUGCACAAGGCUUCUCACAGAGGGAGGGGGUGGACUACAUGGAGAUAUUUGCACCCAUAGUCCCUCAUGACACCAUCCAUACAGUACUUGUGAUUGCUGCCAAGUUCAAUUGGGAGAUUGAUACCAUUGACAUCAAACAGGCUUACUUAAAUGCAAGCCUCAGCCAUGACAUUUACCUCAAGGCCCCAGAGGGUGUGAACAUUGCACCAGGCAAGGUAUACAAGCUACUCAAGAGCCUAUAUGGACUGAAGCAGUCCAAAUGCAAAUGGCACAAGGAGCUGGAUUCGCACCUCUGGUACUUAGGGUUCUUCCCUUCUCAAGCAGUACCUUGUGUUUACCUCAAGGGGACAGGUGAUGAUCAAGUGAUAAUCACUGUAUAUGUUGAUGACAUGCUCAUUGCAGCACCAAGGCAACAUCAAAUCAAUGCAGUGAAACAAGUGAUCAUCAAGAAAUGGCAAAUCGAAGACAAUGGCCCUGUAAUGGAAUUCUUAAAGAUCAAGAUCAUGCACAAUCAAAAGGACAGAACAAUCGAUCUGGAUCAAUGA